UGAACAUGCUAACGCUAGCUUGUUGACGCUGCUAACGUCCCAGUGUGAUGAAACUAGGUAGAAGGUAACAACACAUCCACCAGCUCAGCAGAAGCGAUGCUUGGACAUGAAUUCAGCACCAUCGUGUGGACAAAGUGGUGAGAGUUAACAAGAUGAACACCUGUAUGCAGCGACCCUUUCAGGGGCAGGGCUGGGGAACAGAAAAGGUACCUCCACCACCUUCACAGGAGGCAAAAUGUGGCUUUAUAAUAAUCCUCAUGGCGCUGUACUGGUGCACAGAGUGUAUCCCUCUGGCUGUGACCGCCCUGCUGCCUGUCAUUCUCUUCCCCAUGAUGGGCAUCAUGGAAUCAGGCGAGGUUUGUAUCCAGUACCUCAAAGACUCCAACAUGCUCUUUAUUGGCGGGCUGCUGGUGGCCAUCGCUGUCGAGCACUGGAACCUGCACAGGAGGAUCGCCCUUCAAGUGCUGCUUAUUGUGGGCGUGAAGCCAUCUCUCCUGAUGAUCGGUUUCAUGAGCACCACAGCCUUCCUGUCCAUGUGGAUCAGCAACACAGCCUCCACAGCCAUGAUGCUGCCCAUCGCCAACGCUGUGCUGCAGCAGCUGUGCGAUACAGAGGCCAACGCUGAGGAGAGGGAUUACAACCAGGGCGGUCAGGAUAACGAGUCAUUCGAGAUGGACGACACCAAAGAGAGCAAAGAGGUCAAACCAAAGGACAGCAGCAUCAACGUCUAUGCAGUUAAAGAUGGUGACAGUAAAGACAUGAAGGAAAUCAAGGAAAAAGACAUUGAAUCAAAAAUCUGUGACAGGAGUCCAGAGGCCGAGCAGCGCAGACUGACGAGGGAGGAGAGGUAUCUGAAGCUGACAAAGGGCAUGAGCCUGAGUGUUUGCUACGCUGCCAGCAUCGGUGGGACGGCCACCCUCACUGGAACCACACCCAAUGUCAUCAUGAAAGGCCAGAUUGAUGAACUUUUCCCAGGAAACGGAGGCAUUAUCAACUUUGCCAGCUGGUUUGGCUUCUCAUUCCCCAACAUGAUACUGAUGCUUGCCCUGUCUUGGUUGUGGCUGCAGUUUAUGUUUUUGGGUUUUGACUUGAAAAAAUCCUUUGGAUGUGGCUCACAGAAAGAUGGCGACAGGGAGGCGUACCAGGUAAUCAAAGACGAGUACAAGAAGCUGGGCAGGAUGAACUUCGCUGAGAGCUGUGUGUUGGUCAUCUUCACGUUGUUGGUUCUUCUGUGGUUCACCAGGGAGCCUGGGUUCAUCCCCGGCUGGGCCACUGUGCUCUUCAACAAAGACAAACCGUAUGUCACAGACGGCACCGUGGCCAUAUUGAUGUCUGCACUCUUCUUCUGCAUCCCAUCCAAUUUGCCCAGAUGCUGGGGGACGUCUGAGGAUGGGGCCCCUGCUGAAGCCCCUUCACCUCUGCUUAACUGGGACAUUGUCCAUGAAAAGAUGCCUUGGAACAUCCUUUUGCUUCUGGGAGGAGGUUUUGCGUUGGCACACGGAAGUGAAAAAUCUGGACUGUCGGUAUGGCUCGGUGAAAGUCUCAUACCACUGCAGAGCAUCCCUCCUUUUGCCAUCUCCAUCCUGCUGUGUCUGCUGGUGGCCAUGUUCACUGAAUGUUCCAGCAACACUGCCACCACCACGCUCUUUCUGCCAAUACUGGCCUCCAUGGCAACCGCCAUCAAGAUACACCCACUGUACGUCAUGUUUCCCUGCACCAUCGCUGCCUCGCUGGCUUUCAUGCUGCCCGUGGCCACUCCACCCAACGCCAUCGCCUUCUCCUACGGCAACCUUAAAGUCAUAGACAUGGCCAGAGCUGGAUUCAUUCUGAACUUUGUCGGAGUCAUAACCAUCAACAUUGCCAUUAACACAUGGGGUGUGGCCAUGUUCCAGCUGAACACCUUUCCCAGUUGGGCUAAUGUCACCAAAACUCCUUGAAUGUGAACUCAGGAGACGAACAAUAUCUGCUGACUGAUCAGAUUCGACCACUGGAGGACUGGGCCGGCACCUGACUUAGUAUUUAUAUUCAAAGCUCUGCUCCAGUCAGUACAACCUGAUGUGCAUCGAGGCCUGUCCUCUCUGUAGCCUUCAAUCUCAUAUCCUCCCUCACAUUAUGAUACUCUUCAGAAACAAGCUGGACAUGCUGACUGGAGACACUGGAGCACCUCUCACUGAUGUUUGACUGAACUGAGUUCUUUUCGUUUAGACAGAUUUCUUCUGGACUGUCAGCUGAGCAGGUUUAAUUCACCUACAAGACAUGACAUUUAAAAACAAGUGUUUAUGCAGAAAGUAGCCAGUCUGGAUCGCAGUGAGAUCUACACUGUGGUAAAACUUUAAUAUCAUGAGUUGUUAUUGCAUCUGUAAUAGGGAGGCGAAGUGGGACAUUAUUUCGGAGGAGUCGAAUAAUGUUUUGAUCCCAAUUAGUGCCACAAAUUACACACGUUUGUCAAUGUAAAACAUAACUUUUCAAGUCAAGAAAGUUGCAGUUUGUCAUAGUACUACUCACUGUGUAAAACUGCUCAGUGAACUAUAUCUCUUGUCUCGCACAAUAUCACCUACACUAGCUAGCUAGCUACGUAACUUCGCUAUGUUCCACACACAAAUGUAACGUUAUAUUUUAUGUGUUUUAUGUUUUAUCCAGCAACUCCUGGGGCUGUACUCGCAAACAAUCUGAGAACACUCUCAGAGAGUUCCUAACUUAGCCUAAAAUUUUUUCGUGAAGAGUCCAAGCCUAGGACUGAUUUAAGGAAGUUCUCAGAGCAACUCUGAGCAAGGAAGAGACAGAAAGGAGGUGUGCUUGACCCUGUUGCUAGGUGUGAUACAUUCUUUUAACAGAUGUGAUUGGUUGUCACCCACACGCUUCUUUGUGAGACUGCAAGGUGUGGACACCCAGUGGAAAUGAAAUGAACUGCUGACUGUGAAAGCGUCAUUGUUAGUGUGAUCACUCUGCUGAUGGAAGGUUGAGACAGACUCAACUCAUCACUGCUACACUGUUGAGUUUUUCCAGUUUUCCAAAUAUCUUAUUGUUAUGAUCAUUUUAUUUCUGGUGUUAGGUGGGAAACGUGUGUAUCCCUAAUGAGAUCAACCACAAAUACUCUCCCUGCACAAUCUCAUCUGUAUCUUUCAUUUACUCACUGUCACUUUGUGUUUAGAAACUAUUUCUCCUUCCUCUUUGUGUUUCCAUUUUGUCCUCUGAUUAAGAAACUCUUAAGCCUCUUAAAAGUCCUCCUCCCUGCUCUGCAAAGUUUUUCAUCCUCAGGAGCUCUUUUAAGUGCUAAAAUGCUCUGUGAAUAACUUUUAUCUUUACAAGGACCUAGUCUUAACUUUAAGGGGAAAUUCUAAGAAAACAUCACAAUUCUAAGAAUUUUCUUAGAAUUUCGUCACAAGGAGCAACUCUUUGUGUUAGGAAACUUUGUGAUAACAGCCCCUGAUCUUUAUCAGCUGGGAAGCAAAAGAAUGAGCAAACCCUGUUGCUCAUGUGAGUACAUCCUGGUAUGAAACACACAGGCAUUGUAGCUUCAGCGAGCGAGAAAGGUAUGAUUUCACCUACGCAACUCAAGUAGUCUUUGUAAUUAUGUAUUUUCACAGUCUUUUACUUCAAUAGUUUUGCGACAAACUGUGACUUUCUUUACUUGCAAAACAAAUUAACAUUAACACAUUGUCAGCAUAUGUGUGAUUCAUGGCACAAUUUACCCAGAAUCAAAGCAUUGUUUCUCUACACAUUGACUACUGUACAUAAUUUUUCUGAACUAAUGUCCU